AUAAAGAAAAUAUGGUUAAAAAUGAUCUUACAUGUGGAUGCGGUGGUCUUGCAUGUAUGCAUGCUGCGGUUGUGCUAGCUCUGCAUGUGCUGAGCUAGUAGCCCUGCUCUGCUAUUUCAUUUCCUUUCUUCGCACUGUAUAAUUUCACAAAACUAAGCUCAUCAUUUUUAUUUCCCAUUAGUUUAUUUUUAUAUCAAGCUAAGCUAGGAGGGGAAAGGAGAAAAGCUAGUUUGGACACAAUGCAACUCAUCAUUCUCAAAGACAAGCCACACAAACAAAGCAAUCGGUCUUGCUGUACAUAUUAAAAUAGGGAAUGGGUUAAAAUAUAGAGUAAAGCACAAGAUAAAAAGGGCCCACCCCGCAUCAUCAUAAAAAAUUAAAAAAAAAACUUUGGAAGGAAGGAGAAGGCCAGGGGAUCACAUGCAUGAUGGAGGCCCAUCCAAACAAUACCCGGUGAGUGGGCUGUCUCCAUCCCAACCCCACUAAACAAUAUAGAAAGAUUCUUCCAUGGCACUCAGCUAGGGCACUCCCCCCAUAAUCGAAGUUAGGACAAGUAGAUUAACAAGUCUCCUUUCUCCUUUGCAUAUGUAAUGUACCCAGCAUGCAUGAUCAAAGUUGCAAGUCUAAGUUUGUUGCACAGUAAUUCAUUUCUUACUCUGUUUGUUGCUUUCUUUCUUUCUUUCUCUUGUUUGGUAUCUUAAAGAAGACAAGAGAAGCAGAGAAAGCGGCGAGUGGAGCAAUCCAGUCGGUAAUCACAUCAGCACCCACGCAGCAGCAGCAGCAGCAAAUGGUUGAUGGUUCCUCCACUCAAGACUCAACACUCAAGAGGAGCCACGGAAAGAAAAGCUAAUCAAAAUUCCUCCUUUUCUUCUUCCCACUGCUCCCACCAUACCAUACCAUACCACUUUCUUCUUCUUCUCCUCCUCCUCCUCCUCACCCACCUUGCUUUCGUCGCUGCGGUAGGUGGUUGGGUGGGCCAGGCGGCGAGUAUGAUAUCUAUAGGCGGCACCUCCUCCUCGUCGUCCUCCGCGGCUCGCAUGCGCGGGACCAAGAGCCGGCCCAAGCCGGCUGCUCCUGCGCCACCGCAGACCAAGUGGCGGACCGGGACGCAGCAGAAGAUCUACGGCCGCCGCCUGCUCGACGCUCUCCGCGCCACCGGUGCCGCUGGCGGGCCGCGGGCCGUCAAGGCGGCGGCCGACUCCGCGCUCGCGCUCACAGCGCGCGGCCAGACGCGCUGGAGCCGCGCCAUCCUGCUCGCCUCCUGCCGCCGCCGCGUCCUCGUCAAGGCGGGCGGCAAGAUCCGACGCCACCGCCGCCGCCCGCAGCCUGCAAAAGCGGCCGCUGGGCCCCCGGCGCUGAAGGAGAAGAAAGUGAAGGACCGGCUCCGCGUGCUGGGCCGCCUCGUCCCGGGCUGCCGCAAGCUCCCCGCGCCGACGCUGCUCGAGGAGACGGCCGACUACGUGGCCGCGCUGGAGAUGCAGGUGAAGACCAUGCGCGCCCUCGCCGACGCGCUCGCGGCCGCGCAGCUGUCCCCACCGUCACCACCGGCGGAGAGGGAGAGGUGAGGAUGAUGCGAUUUGGUGACAUGACAUGACAUGACGGCCUGGACUUGGGGCUGCCCGGCUGGGGAAGAAUAAGGGAGGGAGGGCGAUUAGCUGAUGGAUUGGGAUUCCAGGAGGGUGGGGUGCUACACUCUUAAUUCACAAUUGCUGCUGAUGAUACAUGUAUGAUUCUCUUUGUAAAUUCCAUUCCAUUCUUGAUACUUGUAUAAGUAAUGCUGCGGCUGCUGCUGCCGCCCUUCUUCUUUGUUGGGCAUGUGCUCUUGUCCUCCUCCUCCUCCUCCUAUCUGCACAACAGGGCUCCUUCCAUUGCAGCCAUGAGAAUGUGCUCUCAUUAUGUGAUGAUUCACGACCCGGGUUCCAUCCCCGGCGUGAGCUAGGGACUUUGUCUUCAACAAAGAAAUGUAUUUGUUCCAAACCGUUUCAGUUUGAGCAAUCUACAAAAGUAAGUUUAACUUGAUCAGAUA